GCAGUCUCGACCGACUGCCGCCCACUCGCUGAAACGCCGACAAGAUGCCGACGGCGCUUCAACUGCUGCUCCUGCUGAUCCCGUACGGAGGAUGCGCAGGCGGUGGCGACAUUACAACCGAGACCGUUGCGCUUGGUCAAAAUGUCUCUCUGGCGUGUCCCCGUGACAACAAAACGCGUUACAGCCUCGUCUGGACCAGACUUGUUUCGGGAACCUUUCCCGAAUUUUUAUUUGAAGCGCCCUCUAUCAAUUCAGAGUAUAUUAAUCACGGUAGCUUAAAUGGGGGAGAUCGCAUCACAGCCAGACAAGAGCCAGGGAAGUUCGUUCUGCGAAUCAGACAAGUCCAGAAAAGUGACAUGGCCGUCUACUACUGUUUCAAAGUUCUUGAGGAGGAAGUGAUCGCUUUGAGAGGAACAGUUCUUCACGUCACAGGCAAUGAUAUCAACUUGACUACCGCCACUGAAGACUCGCGAUCCGACGCGGUCCGACCUGUAGCGCCCGUGACCUUCCGGUGUUCGGUCCUCUCCAGCUCCGGUAACAAAACGUGCACGGACGGACACAACGUUUACUGGUUCACGGCCGGAACGCGCGCGGAACAUCCCAGCUUCGUUUACGCUCGUGAAGAUUGCGGAGAGGUCGAAGGCGGCUCCGCGCAGAAAUGCGUUCACGGUUUCUCGAAGGACGCCGGCACCUCCGAGGCCGGGACUUACUCCUGCGCCGUGGCCACGUGUGGGAGGAUUUUUAUGCCAACCGCAAAGAAAGUCAUCAUUGAAGAUCCGGACGUCAGCAGGUGUGAAUCACACGGGUUAGUUAUUUCCGUCUUGGGUGCUGCCUGGGCCUUAAGUUUGGUCCUUUUAGCCUUCCUCGUCAAAAAGAGCAUGACGGAAAGGUGUUUUUGCCGCAGAGCUAACCCGCAAAGCCAGGAAGAACCGUCCGGUCCCGUGCAGCAGUGCGACGAGGACUCUUUGAUGUACACCCUGCCGACCAUCAUUGCCGCAAAAAGUGCCAAAACGAGGAGGACGAACGCGAGGCCAAGCGAGGAGUUGAGCGCGUAUGCCGAAGUCCGUUUUCGUAACUGAAUCCUCGCCGGGGGAAAUUAUCGUAGUUUCCGGACUACGAGCCGCGACUUUUGUCACACGUUUUCAACCCUGCGGCUUAUGCAAUGAUGAGGCUAAUUUAUGCAUUUUUUCCAGCGGCCGCCAGGGGUGCUCGAGCAGAAAAGUUAAGAGUGAGACAGGUGGAAUACAUGUGUCGAGGAAGACAAGUUUAACAUAACUUUGUGCGUGAUUAAAAUUAGCAUGAACAGACGCUCAUCAUGGAAAACGCAAGAAAUGCACAUGACGCAGCUUUCAAGUUGAAAGCAAUCGAGGUGGCCGAUAAAGAAAGAAAAGAAGCUGCUGCACUCUUGGCAUAAAUGAAAUUGAUGGCGGGACGCUGGAAACGGCAGCGGGAAGAAGAUGUAAAAAAAGCUUUCUGAGGUCAUAAAAGCAGGUGGCCUGAACUGUGUUGCUGCAGCCGCAUCUCAGUGACUUUUAUCGGUCUGUGUUUUUACCCAACCCUGUUCAUGCUGUGUUAUUACCGUAUUGCUGCUGUGUCACAGGCACUGUUUGGAAAGAAAAUCUAAGGGAUAUUAUUAAAACU